AUGGCAGCGUCCCUGUCUGCGCGGGCCGUCCUCACCCCGCGCGGCAGCUCUCUCUCUGGAGGAGCCAUCGCCGGGGCUGUGGUCGGCUCUUGCAUUGGCUUUUUCCUGAUUCUCCUAUGUCUGUUUCCUUUUGUUGUCCGGGCAAGAAAACGCCGGACCGAAAAGAAUGGUGAUGAUGCCGGCAAUGCGGAAAUGGGGCAGGGCCCCGGAGGCCCCAUUUUCCACAACAGCCCCGGGGGCACACCCAAGCGGCUCUCCGGGGAAGGGGAAGGCUAUGCUCCGGACACCCCGCCUGGCCUUGCAUCAUCGGCCACCUUCAUCCCGGGUCAGUAUCACCCCGGCGACGGCAACGACUCCGAUCAGAAGGCGGCCUCCGAUCAUCAGUCACAACAUACCCCGGCCCUCCCACGAGGCGUAGGUAUACAACAGGGACUCCCGUCCGUCAUAUCGCCGCCCUUCCAACCACCAUCACCAACCGCAUCAGCCACAGUAAACCAUCAAGGAGGGCAACCUGUUCCCGAUUCGACAAGACCAAGGUUUGGAUCUAUAGCGACCACUGAAGCCGAGAGCAACCGCGACCUCAGCCUUGACGACUCCCACGGCUUAAGCCCACCCACUCACCAAGUACCUGCCGUUCCACCUGGAGGCAUCACUGAAGAGCCGGAAUCCUUUGAACGCCCUACUCAACGUUACUCCUUCCCUCAUCUUCCCGAGUCCAUCAGGAACUUUAUCCACAGACGUCAGUCAGGUCAUAGCCGGAGGGAUAGCAGACGAUCGACCCUUGGAGGUACCGCUGGAACACGGUCGCCUUCGCUCAACACUCCCAAAGACUACCAGGUUCCAACACAUCAACCUGAACCUGUCCCCCCUGUCUUCGAGGUUGACACUGAGGCGCCCGGAGCUGCCUGGGAGUAUUAUCACGGUCAUCCAUAUCUAGACAGUGCUGGCCAACCUUUCUCUGGCGACUCUUCUGCGCCUCCACCACCGCAGCCUACUACUCUGCCUACCGCUCAGCCCGUGUUCAGCCAAAUAGAUCCCCAAGACUUCACCCUCCUCCGUCAAGACACCCUCCUUGCCUCGUGGGAAAUCCAGCAAGGCAUCAACCGCACGGACAGUUUACCACCUACCACCAUUGUCUCUGACAUUCCAAGCUCUCGUGUGGAUACGACUGUCGGGCCAACCGCCAGUCCUAUGGAAAUGAUGAGGCCUACCAACCAAGCCGAGAGCGCCUGGGCUGUCAACCAGGAGAUUAUCAAGUUGGAGAACACCCCUCCUGCUCCUGCUAUCAGCACUUUCUCCCCUCAAACUUUUCCGGGCGAGUUCGCCUAUCCCCAGCAGAUGCAAAGCCCCCAGGAACAGUACAGCCCGGAGCCUCAGUUUAGCGAGUAUACGCAUCUGCCAGAAAUUCAGCAGAACGGGCAGGACUUUGAUAUUGACCAAAUUGCCUUGUACCCCAACGACGGCUUCGGUCUCCAAGACAUGUCUGACGUCUCUACUCCUCCGCCACUAUCCGACUCCUCGAUGCAGAACACGCCUAGCACGCGGCUCACAUACUCGCCCUCGCCCAGGCCAGACUUUGACCAGAACACCAACUUUGUGCCACUCAUGGUUCCCAACUCGCCAGCCAACUUCUCUACCGGGGGCUUCUCCUCAAACCAGGGCAUGUCCCCCGGAGGAUUGUCGGCUGUCGACUAUUCCUCAUCACAAGGAAUGUCACCAGGAGGAUUCAACGACUUUGGAAACCAAGUGAUGGGUUACCCCCAAGGCCUAUCCCCAUCAACCAUCCCUCAGUCCGGAAUGUCCCCAGCAACACCAGCAUCCAGCGGUGCAUCACCCAGGGUGUUUGCAUGCGACCAAUGCCACCGUGAAUUCGACCAAAUCCACAAGCUAAACCACCACAAGCGUUACCACGAGCGACCACACGAGUGCACCCACCCCAACUGCACCAUGCGGUUCGGCACCAAGACCCACCUGGACCGUCACAUCAAUGACAAGCACAAGAAGACUCGCCAGUUCCACUGCACGGUUCCGGAGUGCCCCUGGUCGAGACAGGGUGGCCGCUCAUUCCCCAGGAAGGACAACUGGAGGAGGCACAUGAUCAACAAGCACCAAAUCACGCCAGUUACCGAGCCAAUCGAGUAUAACGACGUGCCGAUGAACGACGCUCAAUGA